ACACCGGACUUGCAAUUUCCAGGCAGGCCAGUAGCAGCACCAUGGCAGAUGUCUGUUGUCCUGGAAGCAGUAUGGCUGUACCAGCCGUGUCCACCAUGUCCAUAUGCUCCACUGGUGGCAGCUCCCGAAGAGGUCUUUGCUUACCUAGUUUCUGCCGGAGCAGAACGUGGCAGUUGGUUACAUGUGCAGAAAACCACCAGUCCUCUGACAGUACCUCAAGUGGCUAUGAGUCUGCUUCUUGCCAACCUACAUGCCUUCCUGCAACUUCUUGUGUGGGUUUUGUCUGCCAGCCCAUUCAUUCCUGCAAAGCCAGCUGUGACUCUGGCUCUGGUCAGUCUACCUGUCUAGUCAGCUCCAACAGUUGUCAGCCAUCAACUUGUGUGUUCAGUUGUUGCAGCCCUACCUGCUAUGUGUCCUCACCUUGCCAAUCUCUUCACUGCCAACGAGCUCCUCCCCUGUCUUUCAUCUGCCAUCCAGUGGCUAGCUGCCAGCCUUCUUGUUCCAUAGUGAACUCUUGCAAGCCAACUUCUUGUGGUAGCAUAUGCUCUGGCCAACCAACUUGUGGGGGAUCUGCUUCCUGCAACCAAAGUGGCUGCAAGUCCCCUUCCUGUCCACCAGCUUGCUGUGUGACAGGUUGUGGUAAAUCAUCCAGUGGUGGCUGUAAUUGCUUCCAACCAAAUUCUCCCAGUGUCUGCAAAGCCAACACCGAUCUGCCAACUUCCUGCCAUCCCAGUCAUGAGUCCGGCUUCUGCAAGGAAAAAGCACUGAAGGAGUGCUCUUCAUGCCUUCUCUAAGGCUGGCCGCUAUCUAUGAAAGCAACCCCCUCACAGAGCUGCCUGCCUCCAGCAGAGCCCAAAAGCUCCCCUUUGUGAAUUGUACUCUGACUUUGGGCACACAUUCCCUCCAGGUGCUGACAAAGGAACUGACUGGUUCAAAGUCUCUUAGUGAAGAGGCCCUUCUAAGCAUGAAUAAUCCUUCAGCUAGUAUCAUCACACAAUAACUUACAUUUCCUGAUGUUAAUUCAUUUUGCUCCAGUAAAGCCUGCCUUCUCUCCAAGUUUCCUUUCUUUUGGUGCUGCUUAGUCUUUAAGAAGACUCCUUUGCACCAUAUGCUAAUAAAAAUGUGAAUGAA